AUGACACUUCGGUUACUAAGCAGCAGAAGGAGGCUUGUGAGAAGAGUUUUGAGUUACACUUCCUCUCUUGCUUCGCUUCAUUCUCACGCCACAAGCUUUGGGUUUCAACAAGUAAAGGAAGAGGAGAAAAGCAAAUUGGUUGGUAACGUUUUCACCAAUGUUGCUUCCAGUUAUGAUAUCAUGAAUGAUGUCAUGAGCGGUGGAUUGCACCGGCUAUGGAAAGAAAGACUCGUUGGGAAGCUGAGUCCAUUUGUAGGGAUGAAGCAUCUUGAUGUAGCUGGUGGAACGGGUGAUGUUGCGUUUAGGAUCUAUGAUGCUGUUAACAGUGUCCAACGAAGAGCAUUGCGGAAAGUUGACGAGGCUUCAAUUGAGGAAACUCAGAUAUACGUUUUUGACAUUAAUCCCAACAUGUUAAACGUUGGAAAACAACGUGCAGCUGAGAGAGGUCUAAGAGACAACAAGUCAUUGGUAUGGGUCGAAGGAGAUGCAGAGGCAUUGAGUUUCGAUGACAGUUCAAUGGAUGGAUACACUAUUGCAUUCGGGAUAAGGAAUGUCACGCACAUCGAAAAGGCUCUCGCAGAGGCUUAUAGGGUACUAAAACGAGGAGGAAGAUUCUUGUGCCUUGAGCUUAGCCAUGUUGACAUUCCGGUCUUCAAAGAACUAUACGACUUGUAUUCUUUCCAGGUCAUUCCAAACUUAGGGGAACUAAUUGCCGGUGACCGGGAUUCUUACCAGUACUUGGUUGAGAGUGUUCGUCGGUUUCCUCCUCAGGAACGAUUUGCAACGAUGAUAGGAGAUGCAGGAUUUGAGAAGGUGGAGUAUGAGAACCUUGUAGGUGGAGUUGUUGCCAUCCACUCUGCCAUAAAGCUCUGA